AUGAGUAAUCAAUCUUCAUCGUCUACUAGUGUAAAACAAUUUUUAACUGAAGAACAAAUUGAAAUUGAACGCCAACGACGACAAGCUGAUUGGGAACGUGUACGAUCAGCAGCUGACCCCGUUGAAGCACCAGCUGAAGUAUUUGAUUCACGAUCUCUGUAUGAAAAGCUCAAAGAACAACAUGAUUCUAAAAAGAAAGAAUUUGAAGAUAUGUGGUCAGCAAAAAAUUCAAUUCGUGGUCUUGAUGAAGAUGAAUCAGACUUUUUGACUCGUCUAGAUCGAGCUAAACUUGAAAAACAACGUGCAUUAAAACGAUUGGAACAGGAAGAUAUUGAAGAAUUAAAAAUAUCCUUUUUUUUCAUUUGA